AUGGCGCACAAGUCGACUCAAAGCGUUCGCGUGGGUAUCAUCGGCGGUGGCGCCGCUGGCAUCAUCGCAGCCAAGAGCUUGAGGGGGGUUGGCCACAACGUCGUGGUGUUCGAGAAGAGUUCCCACCUGGGAGGCAUCUGGAAGUACGACGACGCUGCCGAUGCGCCGUCCUCAGUGCUGUACAAGUCACUUCACACGAACCUGCCGACGUCUAUCAUGCAGCUGAAGGACUUCCCCUUCCGAGCCGGUCUCCCGAGCUACCCGUCGCACGCCGACGUCUUGGAAUAUCUCCAGAACUACGCAAAUCACUUUGGUGUUGAUGAAUUUGUCCGCACAGACACGAAGGUGGCGAGUGUAUCGAAGGUGGGGGAACUCUGGAAGGUCAGCGUGGAGUCGAAAGAGAAGGGGGCGUAUGACGAGGAGUUCGACCGCCUUGUGGUGGCUAACGGUCACUUCAACAAGGCGUGGCAGGCCCCUAUCAAGGGUAUCGAAAACUUCCCGGGUGCUGUAUCGCACGCACGGUCCUACCGCACUCCGGAGCCGUACCAGAACAAGCGCGUGCUCGUCAUUGGUCGCGGACCAUCGGGCCAGGACAUCUCGCUCGAGCUUGCCGAGAGCGGAGUGAAACAAGUGUACGUUGCUGCUCUUGACUACGAUCCGAGCGUAGUGGACAAGAAGGACAAGCGCAUUCUCAAGCCUGCGGUCGAUCACAUCGCUGAGGGUGGCACGGUCGUGUUCACGGAUGGCUCUUCGAUCGCUGCACCCGACGAGAUCAUGCAUUGUACGGGUUAUCUCUACACUAUGAACGACUUCUUCCCGGCAGAACUUCUGUUCCCGGAGACUGGGGUGGUCCCGAACAGCGUUGAUGACGAGGUCGCAAGGGACUUGGGAGGAGCCGUCUCGGCUGGAACUGCAGUGGCUCCCGUGUAUAAGCACCUGUUCUCCAUUGAAGACCCCACUGCUGUGUUCAUCGGUCUGCCGUUCUCCAACCUGCCGUUCCUGUGCUUUGAGCUCCAGUCCAAGUGGGUUGCUCGAGUGUUUGCUGGCUCAGCGCCGCUCCCGUCAAAGGAGAAAAUGUACGAGGACUUUUACGAGACUCUCCGCAAGAUCGAAGGCCCGGCCCGCAAGCUGCACUCGUUGAGUGGCCUGCAGAAGGACUACUUCACGGAACUUGGCGCUCGUUCCGGUACCGUUGUGGACGAGAGCAUUCACGAAAUGUAUGAAGACGCCGCCUACCUGCGUGUCAAUUUCCCGCACGAUUUCCGCUCGGCUGACUUCAGCCUGGAUCCGGCAAGCGGGAAGUGGGUCCGUCGGCACAGCGACCUUGUAAAGUCUUUCAGCUAG